UCGAGAGUCUGCGCCUGGGGACCCCCAGGUCAGGGUCCAGGAGCUUGAAACACCCUAUGCGAUCCCGAGGCUGGGAUCUCCUCAGUCUGCAAGGGGCUGGGCUGGGGGGGGGGGCUUGCUAGGAAAUGGGACCCUGCCCCCCCCCCCUAGUUUAUUAGUGGCUACAUCUCAGUGCCAAGCAAGCUGUCCCCUUUCGGUGUUACAUGUGGCUGUUCCCCAGCUGCUCCACCCCAGAGCUGGCUGCAGUCCCCUAGAUGCACAAAGCUCCCGCCACCUCCUCCCUCUCUCCCUCCCCAGGGGCCGCAACGACCGGGGCAGUGGCCAAGGCGAAUCCCUCUAUCCUGUGGGCUAUUCAGACAAGCAGGUCCCUGACACCAGCGUCCAGGAGACCGACCGUAUCCUGGUGGAGAAGCGGUGCUGGGACGUGGCGCUGGGGCCGCUGAAGCAGAUCCCCAUGAACCUCUUCAUCAUGUACAUGGCAGGGAACACCAUCUCCAUCUUCCCCACCAUGAUGGUGUGUAUGAUGGCCUGGCGCCCCCUGCAGGCCCUCAUGGCCAUCUCUGCCACCUUCAAGCUGCUGGAGAGCUCCAGCCAGAAGUUCCUGCAGGGGCUGGUGUAUCUGAUCGGGAACCUGCUGGGGCUGGCACUGGCUGUUUACAAGUGCCAGUCCAUGGGGCUGCUGCCCACCCACGCCUCCGACUGGCUGGCCUUCAUCGAGCCCCCUGAGCGGAUGGAGUACACAGGUGGGGGGCUGCUGCUGUGACUCCCAACAGCCCUCACCCCUGGAGUGAUCGCAGGCCUUCCAGGAGGACCUGGAGUCUCCACCCCUCCUGCUGGGCUCUGAGCCCCCACCAUCCUCUCCAAGCCUCCCCCUCCCUCAGGGGGAGGGGCAAAUAAAGCUGCUGUGUAGAGGUGGCUCCACUGCCUGCUGGGGGGGGAGUGCACCCAACCAGCACAGUCUGGAUUUUCCCUUCCAUGUGCAAGCAUCAGCCCACAGCUAUACGUAAUGUACAAAAUUUUAUUCUUUACACAGUUCUGGUACAGAGCAAAAAAAAAAUCCCUCCUCACCCUUAACACUGUAAACUGGGGCUUGACCCCCAAUAAAUUAAGUCCCCCUCCCCCCCAAAGAUCAAGUAGUGGCUGCCAGGCCCUGCCUUCCAACUGAAGCUGUAGGGGGAGAGGAGAGUGGAUUUGCCUGUUUCAGGGCUGCCCUGGGCUCCAGCAACGGCUUGUCCAGCCUGCCAUGGUUAGUGCUGAAAGACAACAGCAGCCCGGGGGUGGGGGGGAGNNCACAGUGGGGACCUCAUGUCUCUGCCCUUUCUUGAUCCAGCAACCCCACCCCCAGUUCAGCCCUAUGGCUAUUGGGCAGGAGUGAAUGUGAAAUAAAAAGUUAAGCCACA